CCUAAACAAACAUGGCCGCCCUGCGGCGGCUGACGUCACGGGUGUGCGACUCGUUCAGCUGUGCAUAUUGCCGGAGAGUGUUGACAUUGAUCAGUUGGGUAGCUGGACGGAGAAGGAUCAUGUGGGCAGCUGGGCACCUGAUGGCGAGGACGAGGACUUGCGUCCUGUGUAACAUGACCAGACCUUUUGCUUCGAGGACAGAAGGGGAGCAGAGGAUCACACAAGUGCUGAAGACCAAAUUCCCCCGGGCUUCACAAGUUCGAGUUGUGGACAUUUCAGGAGGCUGCGGAUCAAUGUAUGAAAUCCAUGUGGAAUCUGAAGACUUCAAAGAGAAACGCACAGUACUGCAACACCAGAUGAUUAAUGAAGCCCUACAAGAAGAGAUUAAAUCCAUGCACGGCCUGAGAAUCUUCACAUCUGUUCCCAAACAAUGAAACGUUUCCCUCCAAGUGCGAGACACUUUAUAUGGUAUUUGCAGAAGAAUGUCACUGCGUAUAACUCCAGUUAUCGAAGGAGCAAGACUGCCAAUUGGACUCUGUGACCACAGAUGUUCCAGAACAGGGGUAGGCGAACCUUAGCCCCCUGCAGCUGUGGUGAAACUACAA